UGUAAAUAAAUGCUUACAAAACCUGACAAAACCGAAGUACAUAGAAUUAGUAUGGACAGAGUAUUAGUGAUUUAUAAUGAAUAAAUGAAUUGUCUUCUUUUUUCUUAUCAACCAAGAACCAGUUGAUAGCAAACACUUGAAGUAGAAUCACAUGCUAACCUAUUACUUCGUUGAGGAAUUAAGAAUCGUUUAUUAAUUUAAAAACAUAACAAUGACAUUCGAAUACACAGAAAAUCAGCGUUUAAACAAUCUAAGGGCAGGUUUAAUUGAUUUUGUUGCUGGAUCACUUGGUGGAACAGCACUUGUGUAUGUUGGACAACCAUUAGAUACUGUUAAGGUAAAAAUGCAAACAUUUCCUUCCAUGUACAAGGGAAUGGUAAAUUGUUUUAUGCAAACAUUUAAAAUGGAUGGAGUAACACGUGGUUUGUAUGCAGGAACUGUCCCUGCCUUGGUUGCUAAUGUUGCUGAAAAUUCAGUACUCUUUGCAGCAUACGGAGGAUGUCAAAAAGUUAUAUCUAACUUGUUAGGUGUCAAAAAGGUUGAGGAUUUAACUUCCCUUCAGAAUGCUUGGGCUGGAUUUUUUGCUGCCUUUUUUUCUUCAUUAACAUUGUGCCCAACGGAGCUUAUAAAAUGCAAAUUACAAGCAAUGAGAGAAGUUCAAAGUGAGAUGGCAAUGCCAUUGACUGCAGUUAGGAAACAAAUUGGGCCAUGGACACUGACAAAACAAAUUAUUAAAGAACAAGGAAUAAGAGGCAUGUUUAGUGGUUUGUCAUCGACCAUAGCACGGGAAAUGCCUGGAUAUUUCUUUUUUUUUGGAGGUUAUGAAAUCACGAGAGAACUUUUGGCGAAACCAAAUCAAAGUAGAAACGAUAUUGGAUGGCAAAAAACAAUGAUAGCUGGUGCUGUGGGUGGUACUGUUUUAUGGCUCGUAAUAUUUCCAGCGGACGUAAUUAAAAGUAGAAUACAGGUAAAAAAUAUAAAAGCACCAGCACUAGUAGUUAUGAAAGACAUCAUCAGGAAUGAAGGUGUUGGUUCUUUGUACAAUGGUUUAAAACCAACAUUAAUCAGAACAAUACCAGCAACAGCAACAUUAUUUGUGACUUAUGAAUACUCUAAGAAAUUUAUGCAUACUUAUUUUGAUACAUAUUGAUAAAGGAAAUCAUA